AGCCGAGCUCGUCUAAUGUAUAAGGAGGGCGAACUGCAUCUAGCUGUACGCGUAGUUUGAUAACGGUGUUUAUAGUCUCAGGACAACUAAAAAUCUGCUUCUUAACAAAGUACCCGUCCCAGCGGUUUGGGUUUUAAAAUGUUAUAAAACAUUCUGAGUUUCACACGGGCCUUUAAUAGCAAACAACAAAACUGCUGGCUGCCUAAUACGCAUUCUGAUUGGUCUACUAACCAGUAUAACUUGCCCCCUCUGUAUGCCCAUUGGCCAGUUUGAUAUCAACGGGCAAGACGAUUGGUGAAAGAGUCGACUGCGCUGUUUCGUCAGCGCUGUGUUGUGACUGUCAAAACGCCAGGAAACUGACCGAUUCCUCAAGACCUCGGGUGAGUGAUCGGAGAGACCAUGGCUAGCGACUCUCCCCGUCGACCCAGCCGCUGUACCGGUGGAGUUACAGUGCGAGCACAGGCUGCCACGGAGCAUUCCUAUAUGGAGAGUGUUGUUACAUUUCUACAGGAUGUUGUUCCACAGGCUUACACUGGUGCAGUGCCCACAGAUGAAAAGGAAAAAAUUGUAUGGGUCAGGUUUGAAAAAGCAGAUAUUAAUGACAUGGCCAGGUCCCCUGAAUUCCGUGAAAUGCCCAGUACUGGCAGCGACCCUCCAGUGCUGCUAAUGAUCGGUUACUCUGACGGGAUGCAGGUCUGGAGUAUAUCUAUUAGUGGAGAAGCUCAGGAGCUCUUCUCUGUGCGCAAUGGACCGGUUCGAGCAGCGCGGAUUCUACCAGCACCGCACAUAAGCCCUCUGAAAGUUGACAGUUUUGCAGAGAAGAGAGCCCUGCUUGGUGUGUGCAAAAGUACAGGCUCUUCAGGCACCAGCCCUCCUUACUGCUGCACGGAUCUGUAUUCACUGAGAACAGGAGAGAUGGUGAAGUCCAUUCAGUUCAAAACGCCGAUCUAUGAUCUGCACUGCAACAAACAGAUCCUCGUUGUUGUUCUGCAAGAAAAGAUAGCUGCAUUUGAUAGCUGCACUUUCACAAAGAAAUUCUUUGUCACAAGUUGCUACCCAAGUCCAGGGCCUAACUUGAACCCAAUUGCCCUGGGAAGUCGCUGGCUUGCCUAUGCUGAGAAUAAGCUGAUCCGGUGCCACCAGUCUCGCGGAGGGGCCUGUGGAGACAAUGCCCAGUCUUACACUGCCACGGUCAUUAGUGCCGCCAAAACGCUGAAGUCGGGGCUCACCAUGGUGGGGAAGGUGGUGACCCAGCUGGCCGGCACUCUGCCUGCUGGAGCUGCAGACGAGGAGGUGACCCCCCACAGCUCAGCCCGCCGCAGCCCACACGCUCCAGGCAUCGUCACCAUCAUCGACACCCAGAGCGUGGGGGAAGGACAGGUAGUUCUUGUCAGCGAGGACUCGGACGGGGAGGGGCUUGUGGCUCAUUUCCCUGCUCAUGAUAAACCAAUCUCGUGCAUGGCUUUUAAUGAGAGUGGAAUGCUGCUCGUUACUGCUGACACACUUGGCCACGAUUUCCACGUUUUUCAAGUUCUGACUCACCCGUGGUCCUCGUCGCAGAGUGCCGUGCAUCACCUGUACACCCUCCACAGAGGGGAGACAGAGGCCAAGGUCCAGGAUAUCUGCUUCAGCCCUGACUGCAGGUGGGUGGUGAUCAGCACGCUGCGGGGCACGUCGCACGUCUUUCCCAUUAACCCCUACGGAGGGCAGCCCUGUGUGCGGACUCACAUGUCUCCCCGCGUCGUCAACCGGAUGAGCCGCUUCCAGAAAAGUGCGGGUUUGGAAGAGAUUGAGCAGGAGCUCACCUCGAAACAAGGCGGCCGCUGCAGUCCGGUUCCUGGCUUGUCCGGAAGCCCAUCAGGAUCCCCGCUUCAUGCGAAGUUAAGCAGCCAGGACUCCAACAGCAACAGCAUGGGGAACCCGCGGCUGUCUCCCCUGCCCAGCCUCACCAUAGUGGUGCCGCUGGCCCAGAUCAAGCAACCCAUGACACUGGGCACCAUCACCAAACGCACAGGACCCUACCUCUUUGGGGCAGGAUGUUUUUCCAUUAAAACUCCGUGCAAAGCCAAACCAGCCCCGCAGAUUUCACCCAGCAAAUCGACCGGAGGGGAGUUCUGUGUCGCUGCCGUCUUUGCAUCCUCGAGGUCCUGGUUCAUAACUAACCCAAACAUGAAGCAAGAGAAAGAUCAGUCCAGGCAGUCUGUGGUGGACUCCCUCUAUAUUCUCAGUUGCUACGGUAACCUGGUGGAACAUGUGUUGGAGCCCCGCCCAGUCAGCACCGCGCAGAAGAUCAGUGAUGACACGCCUCUGGAGCUCGUCACCUGUCCUCGAGCCAGCUGGACACUCGGCAGAACACCACAAUGGAAUGAACUUCAACCACCGUUUAACACAAACCACCCAUUGCUCCUGGCUUCAGACGCUGUGCAGUACUAUCAGUACCUACAGUCUGGCUUGGUGCCCCCUGGAAGCCCUGGACCAAUCACCCGACACGAGUCCUACAACAGCCUGGCGUCUGAGCACAGCGGACAGGAAGACGAGGAGUGGCUUUCUCAGGUUGAAAUCGUGACCCAUACUGGACCACAUAGACGCCUGUGGAUGGGCCCGCAGUUUCAGUUCAAGACGAUUCACCCGUCUGGCCAGACCACAGUGAUUUCCUCCAGCUCCUCUGUGCUGCAGUCUCAGGGACCCAGCGACACCCAGCAACCACUGCUGGACUUCGACACCGAUGACCUGGACCUGCACAGUCUCCGGAUCCAGCCUGUCCGCUCGGAGCCGGUCAGUAUGCCCGUCUCCUCAAGGAUCGUCGCAGAUCCCAGAGGGCAGUCCCCCAUGAUCGAUGCCGGAUCAGGUAUUUCCUAAAGGAGACCAAUCUGCCAAAACAUCCUUAUUUAAUUUUUUUCGCAUGCAUUUCCAUCCCUUCAUUUUUGUUUCAGUGAUGUCUCAUUGCACACUCAUAGAGACGAUUCCUAAAGUAACCUGUUCUUUCAAAGGACCCAGUAAAGCUUGUCCAUUGAUUUCAUUUUAUUUGUUUAUUUUUUUGCAAUAAUGACCAGCAUGUAGAGCUGUGUGGGGGGAACAAUAAACAACUGAUUUAAGGACAGACUGACCCUGGUUUGUAACUUUCCCAGUUCUACAUUCCCACAUUGGGGUGAUUGUACAAGCAAUGUUUUGAAUGAAUGUUAUCUUGUGUAUUUUUAUUGAUGUAUGAAAAGCUCAUUUCGAUAUGAUCAGAUUGCUUGACAACUCGUUGCUUUUAAGAGACAGAGCUCCUGGCCAGUACUGACCUAAGGUUCACCUAGAAGAGAAAUUCUUUUCACAGUCAGUAACUUGAGGAAUGGUUAUAUCUAGAGUUGCAGUGUUGCCUGUUUACAAGCAGAACAGCUUUAAUAAAAUGCAUGAAGCAUUCUGUAUUGUAAGUGGGCUGUACUGCAAAGUGAAGUGUUGCUAAUCGUCAUGACUACAGGGGCCUGUGUCUAAGCCAUAGUCAGCUAGAUAAUUACUAUCAUAGGAGCACAAUAUUGAUGGCAAGCACAUGGCCUUACAGUACAGAUUAUAAUCUGAUUGUCAAUUACAUUAACAGUUCGGUGACUGUCUCUCUUGUAAACAGCACAGACUAAGUGUGAUCUCUGUUCUCGGAUCAGGACAUCAGCAGAAACACAUUAACAACUUGGGCUUCUCAUUUCUUAUCUGAAGACACCCUCCGAUUUACAAUGGGCUCCUAAACAGGUUAAAGGUUGAUCCUAAUAAUGGCUACUUAUAUAUAAUGCCGAGUUACUGAUUGGCUUGAGAUGCGUGUCAUGCUGAGACGUGGAUUCAAAGGGCAGUGCUACAUUAUUUGCA